UCCGUUUUUUUGCGGAUCCGUUGUUCCUGAAAAUGUUUCCGUAUGUCAUCCGUUUUUUGCGGAUCCGCAAAAAACGGAUAGAUGUCUAAAGUUGGAAGCAAAUAAAGUUAUUUGGAUUUCUUUGAAAAAAAAGUGAAUAAAAAGACAAGAUAUGAUUACCUCAGGUGCCAUUUUCUUUGGUUCAUCGUGAGGUAAAGAGCUCUGUGUGGAAAUUUUGCUGUAUAGCCAUUUUUCCGUGCAUACUCUACUGCGAUAACAUGCCGAAGGAUAUUUGUGGAGUUCUGUUCCAUUGGGUCCUAUUUCGCUUAUUUGGACAACAACAAGCAAUGUUGGAAGAAGAACCGGAGAGGAGGAGGAUGAGACACUGGAUUCAUCCCAUUGUUGCGCAGAGAAUUCAGAAGGGACAAUUUCACACACUUUAUAAUGAUCUGCGUCAAGACCCCUUCAAGUUUCACAAUUUUUGCCGUAUGUCCAUGGAGUCAUUUGAUCACCUUUUGACGUCUCUCCACCCUGACCUUAACUUCAGGGACACUAGCAUGCGGCGCAGCAUCUCUGCCGAACAAAGGCUUAUUGUCACGUUGAGAUUCCUUGCAACUGGAAAUUCGUUUGCAUCGCUGCACUUUGAAUUUUUGCUAGGGAUCUCAACUAUCUCUGGGAUUGUCUGCCAUACGUGUAAAGUCAUAUGGCAGCGACUCAGAGAUGCGGUGAUGCCCACCCCCAAGGCGGAAGAUUGGCUUCGUAUCGCUGAGGGUUUUUUCCAAUCCGCGCAGUUUCCAAACUGCAUUGGGGCACUGGACGGAAAGCACAUCCGUGUGAAGAAACCGCCUCACUCAGGGUCCCGGUUCUUCAAUUACAAACAAUAUUUUUCUGUAGUGCUGAUGGCCUUGGUUGACAGUAACUACAAGUUUGUAAUUGUGGAUAUCGGGGCCUACGGGAGCACUUCAGACAGCCGCAUCUUUAGUGUUUCCAGAAUGGGUGAACGGCUUCGUGAAAACCAGCUUGCCCUGCCAGAGCCAAGAAGACUACCCGGAUCUGCAGGUCCGCCGGCUCCAUUUGUGAUCGUGGCAGACGAAGGAUUCGCAUUGUCACAUCACCUGAUGCGGCCCUUCCCUAGACGCGAUCUGGAUGACAGGAAGCGUAUCUUCAAUUAUCGAUUGACUCGCGCCCGUCGGUAUGUGGAGUGCGCUUUUGGAAUACUGUCCAGUAAGUGGAGAGUAUUCAUGUCAUCCAUACAAAUGAAUCCGGACAAUGCCACCCUGGUGAUACAGGCUUGUGUACUGCUGCACAACUUCACCAGGAUACAUGAUGCCUCCGCUGAUGCUGAUUUGGGUCAAAAUGUGCCAUCUUCAGUCAAUUUAGAUCUCAGUCGGACUGGAAGACCGGGAACGGCUGGGCUAGCUGUUCGGGAUUUCUAUGCCGACUUUUUCAGCAGUCCAGAGGGGGCGAUACCGUGGCAAUUGGAAGCCAUCCGUGGAAGUCGUUGAUUUCAGCUUGAAUCUGGUUUCCAAAUUACUAUUCAAAUUUACAUUUUCUUAGUUUAGUUAGAUCCCCUGUUGUUAGUUUAGUUUAGGGACUCGCAAGAUAAUGAGGACCCUUGACGUGGGCUUGCGAGCUGAGGUAUUUAAUAUUUGACAAAUGACUAUCAUUAUAUCAAAUUUGGGUGAUAGUGUUUUAACAAUUUUUACAUUUUUUUGUAUUAAAUACCUUUAAAUACCUCUAAAUAACAUUUAUUAAUAAAUGGUUUAAAUGUGUUUUGGAAUUGUGC